AUGGACCUGCCGCCUCUACAGCGGGAAGCUGCCAGACUGCUCAACUCUUUCUGUGCUGUGGAAAAGACUUUGCAGUGCAGUUGCUCCUUUCGUGGGAUCCCUACACCCUCUGUGCAGUGGUGGAUGGAUGGUGUUCCCGUGGAUACGAACAGUGGGCAUGGCCACCUCCAGGUGACCUCUACCACACUUGGCCCCUGGGACAACAGCACCCUCAGCAUGGCCAAAAACCCAGAAAUGGGCACAGUCCUUCUUUGUGAGGGAAAGAACCAACAUGGAACCCAUGGUUUGAGCAUCCUACUGAUGUCAAGAAGGGGCCCUUUGGCUCCCCAGAUCUUCCUGAAAGCAAUGCUCCACGGUGUUGUCUAUGCAGCCAUGGCAACCACACUACUUUUCAUCUGCCUCCUCCCCUUCAUAAUGAAACUUCUCAGGAUGCAGAAGGCAAAGAAGUGUGCACAGAGGAGAGCACAGCAGGACUCUGAGCCUGGACCAGAGGGAGACUCCAUCGUGAAGCACAAGGAACCUAGAACAUCCAGAACCAUGUCACCUGGGACGCAGCUCUCAGAAAAGGAGGCCAGCCUGAAGCCAGCGGAGCCUCUGGAGGAAACCGCACCACAUCCAAAGCUCCCAUUAUUCCCAGAAUUACAAAAACCCAUGGAGACCCCAGAAACCCCAAGUCCAUAA